GAAGUCUUUACCCGGUAUCGCCUACACAUGUGUCUCUAACCCUACAACUUACACGCCUCUUAUACUUGAGAGUAAAUAGUAGAAAAAUUACUUCAUUACAGCGAGCAUGAGACGUUUACAGUAUUAUUGUAUUAAUGAUCCAUUGUAUUAAUGACCAGAUAGGAAUAUGUCCGGAAGCACCCCGCGGGACUCCCCAGCUACUUACUACAGCAUCGUGAGCGGAGUCCACCCGCUCGCAUCCUAUUUUGCCGGAGGUGCCGUAAUAAAUACUGUUACGUAGCCGUCAAAGGUAGAUUGAAGACAGAUGAGAAUAUGCCACAUAGAAUAUAAAUCUCUUUUUUUCUCUUAAUUCAGAAUAACUAAAGUUGAGACCUUUCUUGGACGUAUAGCCAUUUAGCAGCAGACACGCCUAUACUAAUAGUAUCACGAUGGCGCCCUCGUCGUUCAAACUUAACACGGGCCAGGAGAUCCCCGCUGUCGGAUUCGGAACAUGGCAAGCAGCACCGGGUGAUAUCGCCAAAGCCGUCGAGCUCGCGCUAAAACACGGAUACAAGCUAAUCGACGCUGCGUACUGCUAUGGGAACGAGGAAGAGGUUGGAAAGGGCCUAAAGGCGGCUUUCGAUGCCGGCUACGCCAAGCGCGAGGACAUCUUCGUCAUGACCAAGGUGUGGAACACAUACAGCAACCGCGUCGAGGUAGGCCUAGACAAGUCUCUCAAGGCGCUUGGCCUCGAUUACGUCGACCUGUUCCUCGUGCACUGGCCCGUUGGCAUGAACCCCAACGGUAACGACGACCGCUUCCCCAAGCUGCCUGAUGGCAGCCGUGAUAUUCUCUGGGACCACGACCACGUCGCUACCUGGAAGCAGAUGGAGGGUCUGCUCAAGACCGGCAAGACGAAGGCCAUUGGUGUCUGCAACUACAGCAAGCCCUACCUAGAGCAGCUGCUCGCGAAGGCUGAAGUCGUGCCCGCUAUUAACCAGAUCGAAAACCACCCGGGCUUGCCUCAACAGGAGGUUGUCGACUUCUCCAAGGAGAAGGGCAUCCACAUUGUGGCAUACAGCCCCUUAGGUAGCACAGGUGGCCCGAUGUUGCAGAGCGAGCCCGUGACCAAGGUCGCCCAGAGGAAGGGUGUCAGCCCGGGAACUGUAUUGUUGAGCUACCACGUCGCCAGGGGCGCCACCGUGCUGGCCAAAUCCGUGACCGAGUCGCGCAUCAAGGCUAACCUCGAGAUUGUCGACCUCGAUUCCGAAGACUUGAAGAUUCUGAACGAUUACUCGGACAGCCUUGUUAAGGAGGGCAAGGUCCUGCGUUACGUGUAUCCUCCCUUUGGAAUUAACUUCGGGUUCCCGGAUAAGAACGAGGGUCGGAGUCUACCGAAUGGCUUUGCGGGGUGAUGGUGAAGAGUAGGUGGCGCUGUUUGUCAUUGUGAUGGAUGCGCGGACUGUUAUUGGUCUUGUUCCAUGGCUGUGUAACGUAGAGUGGGAAAAUACCUAGUUCUUCUAAUCUACGUACGAAAUCCUCAAGCGGACAUUUUCCCUUAGCUACCUGAUAGCAAGGCAACGUAUGAUAUUGGACAUGCGAGAUAUAACAUCGGCCCCGUCAUCUUACAUGGCACUAUGCGUAUCGAGUUAUCGAUUGACUUCACAUCCUCUUUGCCUCCUUAGAUCUCUGGGGUGAUGUUGGCACCUCGUGGUGACUUUUCUGCAUUUCAUACGGUGAUAUUAAGCGCGAAGUACAAGUAUU